CACCCGCGCCCCGCCCCGCCAGCUUGGCCCCGGGGCUUCGGCUGUCUGGCCGGAGCCCUCCUUUCGGCCGGGUGGUGAACCCACUUGGACACCGGAGUCGCCAUGAGGUCCCCGGUCCAUGGCCUGGCCCCAAACGACGGCGAUGAAGGCACUGACAGCACGCCCCUCUUGCAGGGCUCCCCGCGGGCGGAAGCCGCUCCGGUGUGCUGCUCUGCUCGUUACAACUUAGCACUUUUGGCCUUUUUUGGUUUCUUCGUUGUCUAUGCAUUACGUGUGAACCUGAGUGUUGCAUUAGUGGAUAUGGUAGAUUCAAAUACAACUUUAGCAGAGAACAGCACUUCCAGCGAAUGUCCAGAGCAUUCAGUUCCCAUAAAAGUUCAUAAUCAAACGGGUAAAAGAUACCAAUGGGAUGCAGAAACUCAAGGAUGGAUUCUUGGUUCUUUUUUUUAUGGCUACAUCAUCACGCAGAUUCCUGGAGGAUAUAUUGCCAGCAAAGUGGGGGGUAAACUGCUGCUAGGAUUUGGGAUCCUUGGCACUGCUGUCUUCACUCUGUUUACCCCCCUUGCUGCAGAUUUAGGAGUUGGAUUUCUCAUUGCAGUCAGAACGCUAGAAGGACUUGGAGAGGGUGUUACGUUUCCAGCCAUGCAUGCCAUGUGGUCUUCUUGGGCUCCCCCUCUUGAAAGAAGCAAGCUUCUUAGCAUUUCAUAUGCAGGAGCACAGCUUGGAACAGUAAUUUCUCUUCCUCUUUCUGGAAUAAUUUGCUUCUAUAUGGAUUGGGUUUAUGUCUUCUACUUUUUUGGUAUAGUUGGAAUAUUUUGGUUUAUUUUAUGGAUCUGGUUGGUUAGCGAUACACCAGAAACUCAUAUGACAAUCUCCCAUGCUGAAAAGGAGUAUAUUCUUUCAUCAUUAAGAAAUCAGCUUUCUUCACAGAAGUCAGUGCCGUGGAUACCCAUGCUAAAAUCACUGCCGCUUUGGGCUAUUGUAGUUGCACAUUUUUCAUACAACUGGACUUUUUAUACUUUAUUGACAUUAUUGCCUACUUACAUGAAGGAGAUCCUAAGGUUCAAUGUUCAAGAGAACGGAUUUUUAUCUGCACUGCCGUAUUUUGGCUCUUGGUUAUGUAUGAUCCUGUCUGGUCAAGCUGCUGACCAUUUAAGGGCAAAAUGGAAUUUUUCAACUAUAUGUGUUCGCAGAGUUUUUAGCCUUGUAGGAAUGAUUGGACCUGCGGUAUUCCUGGUAGCUGCUGGAUUUAUUGGCUGUGAUUAUUCUUUGGCUGUUGUAUUCCUGACUGUAUCAACAACGCUGGGAGGCUUUGGCUCUUCUGGAUUUAGCAUCAACCACCUAGAUAUUGCUCCUUCGUAUGCCGGUAUCCUCCUGGGCAUCACAAAUACAUUUGCCACUAUUCCAGGAAUGGUUGGACCUGUCAUUGCUAAAAGUCUGACUCCUAAUGAAAAGAUGAGGUGUCAGGAAAUCAUGUCAGAAUGAAUGAGGAACAGUUGAGAUAAUCGAGAAUGUUUAGAGGAGCAGAAGACUUGAGAAGACAAGAUAGGUGUCUUCACAUAUUUGAAAAGAGAUCAAAUGAAAGUUGGAGACUUAUUCUCAGCAGUUCCACAAGAACAGAUGGAGAGAAGUUAUGAGGAGACAUUGGAAAAGUUCUCUGCUUAAACUGUUAUGAGCUGGAAUGGGCUGCCUUGUGAGUCAGUGAGCCCUGAGAUAGUCAAACAUUUAUUCAAUAGGCAUUUCUUGAGUGCUUGUUAUAUGCUGGAUACUAAAGAUUCAAAGAUAAAACAACAUAGAAACUCACAGAGAUUAUAUACAGUCAAAUAAAGCAGUGUUGACAGAUGCUUCAGUAAACAUGUGUACAGAAUGCUAUGGAUAUAGAAAAGGCACCGACCAAUUUGCCAGGGUGGGAAAAGUGGGGAAGGAGCCUACAGGACUCUGCCAGGUGACAUGGGAAGUGCUGGGCCUUGCAGGGGCACCAAGCUGUUACAAUAGGAUAGACCUAGGAUGGGGAUAGCCUGAAGCUAGAAGGAGGCCUGGGACCAGAUCAGUAAGCAAAGAUUUGGCAUUAUACAGAGGUUGUCUACAUUGCGUAAGAAUCAAAAUAAAUGGCCUCAGCAGCCCCAUCCAACUCAUCUAUUGUUUAAACAUUCUAAAGGACUUGUGAAAUGUCGUUUUUCAAGAACCUGAUUAAGAUUCUUGUAAGAGUCUUAAUUUCUUCUUUGUUUAUGUCUCUGUAGUCAAAUUGACACUGUGUCUAGUCAGUCUUUAGAAUUUUAGAAUAAUCUUACAGACUUUCUUAUUACCAAAUAUACUGAUCGCACACAUACCUGUCUUCACCACAGAUAGUGCUGCAGUUUCUUCUUCCCUCCCACCAUUUCUAAUCCCUACUUAAAUGAACCGGUGCCUCCUAGUUACUGUUUUCUCUCACUUAAUAGAAAAGAAUGUUUGAGUUUUUUUUCCUGAAGCUCUCAAUAUGGACACAUCAGAAAUUUUUAACCUUAUAUUUACAGAGCAUUGUAGCAACACAAGAACCUAGGUCAACACGUUGUCUUGAAUUAAUUUGAUUUAUUGAUAAUCCUAGCACUUCUGCUAGAGAAAUACAGAUUCUUGAGUUAAAGUCUUGAAUGUUUGCAAGAUGAGAACUGAACUGGAUUUUGGAUGUGUUAUUCUAGCAUUUGUUUAAUGUUAUUAGAAACCCUGGUGGCAUAGUGUUUAAAAGCUAUGGUUCAAGAGGUCAGCAGUUCAACGCUUUGAAGGCCAGAGUAGCAGGGACAGGGGUUUCGGACCAUGAUUUCAGGGGACAUUUAGGUCUAUUGGCAUAACAAAAUAUAUUAAGAAAACAUUCUGUUGAGUGACAUCUGGGGUCUUAAGCGCUAGCAAGCAGCCGUCUAAGAUGCAUCAAUUGGUCUCAACCCACCUGGAGCAAAGGAGCAUGAGGAACACCAAAGACACAAGGUAAUUAUGAGCCCAAGAUACAGAAAGGGCCACAUAAACCAGAGACUACAUCAGCCUGAGACCAGAAGAACUAGAUGGUGCCUGGCUACCACCGAUGACUGCCUUGACAGGGAACAUAACAGAGAAUCCCUGAUGGAGCAGGAGAACCAUGAUAUGCAGACCUUAAAUUUUCAUCAAAAGACCAGACUUAAUGAUCUGACUGAGACUAGAGGGACCCUGGAAGUCAUGGUCCCCAGACCUUCUGUUAGCCCAAGACUGGAACCAUUCCCAAAGCCAACUCUUCAGACAGGGGUUGGACUGGACUAUAAGCCAGAAAAUGAUACUGGUGAGGAGUGAGCUUCUUAGCUCAAAUAGACACAUGAUACCAUGUGGGCAGCUCCUGUAUGGGGGCAAGAUGAGAAGGCAGAGGAGGACAGAAGCUGGUUGAAUGGACAUGGGGAAUACAGGGUGGAGAGGAGGAAUAUGCUGUCUCAUUAGGGGGAGAACAGCUGGGAGUACAUAGCAAGGUGUAUAUAAGUUUUUGUGUGAGAGACUGACUUGAUUUAUAAACUUUCACUUAAAGCACAAUUAAAAAAAAAAAAGAGGUCGGCAGUUUGAAUCCACUAGGCACUACUUGGAAACCAAAUGGGGUAGUUCUACUCUGUCCUGUAGGGUCGCCAUGAGUCGGAAUCAACUCUACGGCAAUGGGUUUGGUUUGGUUUUCAUUAAAGAGAUUAUUUUUAGAAAACAAGAACAUAUGUUGCUUUUACAAUUCUAAUUGCUUGUAAUUAAAAUUUACCGUACUGCCUCAAAAAUUUGCCAGAAUGAGGCAGAGUGUAAGUAAGUAAUGAAGUAAUUAAAAUUCAAAGUGUGGUUGAGGUUCGAUUUUGUAACAAACAAAACAGUAUUCUUUAAUAACUGAUGGAAUUUUUGUUUAAAAAAACCCUAGGAGCUAUGUGAGAUUUCUGGUACAGUUGGCGGAGUUUAAGUCACCCCUGGCCUCCAGAUAACACUGAAGUAUUAUUUUAUCCUGUAGAUCAAACAGAGAAGCUUUGUCUUAGGAAUUCUGAGAAGCGAUCUUAAAUAUUUCUUUCUGGUGUGAGUGUGACCCCUCCUCUAGAAUGGUGACACAUUGUUAGCAUAUCUAAAUAGUGACUCAAAGUUAAGAUGAAUUUCUAAGAAUUUUUUUCACCAAAAUAAAGUGUAACUUAAUCGCAACGGUGCUCCUUUCUUUCUCCACAUUCUUCCUUUUUUUCCUAAUGAAAUUACCUCAUACUGGCUUUCCAGUGCCUCCCCCUUCCUUUUUUUCUUCUCAUUGCCAGUACUACUGCUUGUUUGUUUGUUUGUUUUUUAAUGCUAUAAAUGCAGCACUGUGUUUGAUUAAAAUUGCAAAAACCAAAAAAAAAAAAAAUUUGUUAUAGUCAUAUGAUCCAGAAAUUUCAGUAGCUACUUCAUAUUUUUAUACCACUGAGUUAUACACUAGACAGUUAUGUAGUGUGGAUCUGUUAUUGGCAAAUCCCAUGCUUAGGGUGCCUUUCAGGAUCCCUGCGAAUCUUUCACACUGGUGAGCCCUCCCUCCACCUGUCCCAGAUACACAAACCUCUACUUUAAAAACCACCUCAUUAACUGGUCCUCACUUGGAUCACCUGACACCUAAGAACUUGAGGGGUGACCUUCCUGGUAACACAUGCUUCAGGGACACACGCACCUUUCAUUCUUAGUAAGCUUUUUAUUGAAGUAUAACAUAGGUAUUUUUAGAAUGCACAAAUCCUACAUAUACAGCCUGAUGAAUUUUCACAAAGUUGACACAUCCGUGUAACCAACACCAAAUCAAGAAAGAGAAUAUUGCCUUCAUCCAGAAGCCCCCAUUAAGAGGGACCACUAUCCUGACUUUUAACACCACAGAUUGGUUUUGUCUGAUUUCAAACUGUAUGUAAAUUGGAGUCAUUUUGUAUGUACUCUUUUGUGCCUGGCUUCUUUUGGUCAGUAUUUUGUUCGUGAGAUGUAUCUGUGUUGUUAGAGUUCAUUCAUUCUCAUUGCAGCAUCGUAUAAUAUUGCACUGAACAAAUACACCGUGACUCUACUGUGAUAGACAUUCAGCUUGUUUCCAGUGGGGGGCUUAUGUGAACCAUGCUGCUGUAACAGCCUGGUGACACCCCGUCUUUCUUACAAACUGCAAACAACUUUUUCAUGUGCAUUUUUUUCUU